AUGUUUAUCUUGAUCUUUAUGAAAUUGUGUGAUAUUAUAGAAGGAUGUGGCCCUCUUCAGAGGGUUGAAGUCAGUAAGCAGGCAAAAUCUGAUUCAGAGACUGUAGGGGCUGGUAGUAAAGAACAACAGAAAAAGACUGGUAGUCCAGACAAACCUGAACGAGGAAGACCUAAACAGAAAAGAGCAGGUUCAUCAAGUAGUGGUAGUAGCUCGAUUGUGCCUGAUUCUUCUUUUAUAUCCAUGACAUAUAGUGGAAGUUCUGAAAGCAUGGAUUUUUCUCCCAACAGAGAUGGAGAUUUUUCUUCUGACAGCUGGUCAAGUAUGGAAGACGGUGAAAGUACUGAUUAUUCUUCAGAUUUUUCCUCAGAUAAGGAUUUCAAUGACAGUGAUGGAAAUGAUCCAGAACAAGAAGUCCUUACAGAAAAUACUGUAAUAGGAGCAGAUAUGGUCACUUUUACAGGGAACCAACAUCAAGUGGAUGGAGUUCAAUUCCACGCUCUUCUGGACCAAUUAACUGGUAUAAUGGUAUUUCAUUCUGUGAAAAUUCCUAUCGUUUUAGAUCCAGAAGCCGUUCCAGAUCUUCGUCAAGUGGAAGUAGUAGCUCUAGUACCAGUAGUUCUGGUAGCUCUGGGUCAAGAAGUUCAAGGUCGAGUAGCUCAUCAUCCAGUAACAGUUCACGCAGCAGAGAAAGGAAACGGAGACAAAAAUCUGGGUUUCUCUCCUAAAAGAAGAAAGAGAAGCCCAACUCCUAAACCAAGUAAAGUUCACAUUGGACAUUUGACACGUAAUGUAAAUAAAGACCAUAUUGUAGAGAUAUUCUCUACCUAUGGAGCUAUUAGAAAUGUUGAGAUGAUGAUAGAUAGGCUACAUCCAAAUUUCAAUCGAGGAUUUGCUUAUGUUGAAUAUGAGAAAAGUGAAGAUGCUGAAAAAGCCAUCAAAUUUAUGGAUGGAGGUCAGAUAGAUGGUCAGGAAGUAUCAGCAGCAGCUAUAUUACAACAGAGACCUCCACCUCGAUACCCAAUGAGAAGAAGUCCACCUCAUCAUCGCCGUGGUCCACCUCCAAGAUGGCAUAAUUCACCUCCUAGAUUUAGGAGAAGAUCACCACCACCAAGGAGACGUUCUCCUCCGCCAAGACGGAGAACCAGAUCCAGAUCUCCGGCAAGACGAAGAAGAUACAGUCGCUCCAGUUCCAGUUCAUCUCGUUGA